AUGACCUGGGACGACUGGAAACAAUGCGUCGAACCCAAGAUUGGACAGGCCAACUACGCGACAGCGAACACAUUCCUGGACGCCUUUGUGCGGUACCGACAUCACCUAGGGCUGCCGGCGUCUGUGCUCGACAUCGGCGGCAUACGAGAGGUUUGUCGCGCCGCAGAACACCCAGAGCUCCUAGAUGGCUUUCGCGCGAGCGGAAUGCAUAUCAUGCAGGUGCGCGAUCUACUGGGUGCCAUGACUCUCGCCAUCAGACGAGCCAGACCGAUCCCGGAAGCCCUCCCCGCCAAAAGAUCACAACAAACGCAGUCAUCGUACAUAAACCGCAGUCAGAUAAGCCUCAGAGUCAACACCUCUAUUCCCAUGGAAUCUCUACAAUGCCGGGUGACCUGGAAACAUGAUCGACGCAUGGCCGUCUACCACAACCUCCACGAGGGAGCGGGUGCUACUAACGCAGCGGCGUCGAGGACCCCCCUGGACAACAAGCAAAGCAGCCUCAAGACCUUCAUCGAUGCAGCGUCCCGCACGCCAAGACUUCUUCAGCCUGGGACUGGCGCUCACGGUGACAGCACGCCCGAUGCUGUGGGUACGAUUGCGCGAGGUCUUGGGGCUGCACUGGCGGAGAUUCUGGUCAAGGACCCGGCGACCAUCGACGUCGCCAGCGCCCCGGCCAAGAUUGGUCUCAACUCACUCGUGGCAAUGGAGCUUCGGGAUUGGAUUCGGCACAAUUGCCGCGGCGUGGAGGUCAGCGUGUUGACGAUUUCUCGAUGUACAUCCCUUCUGGCUCUGGCGGAGACUGUUCGGCAGGAGUUGGUGGAUAAGCUGGGUUCGUCAACUUUUCAUAUUGUGCCCCAGACCAUGUCCCUCAUAGUUAACGCUGCAUUGUAUACUGGCUUGGCAUAUGCAGGUAAUGACGUUGAUCGGUGGUAA